AGUGGAGGUCGCGGUGUGUGGUGGGCUGCGGCCUGUUAAUGCCGUUUUAUUCUAUGAAAAUUCGACAUAUGGUGGUUGUUCUUAUCCUUAGGCCGCAAAAUAUAAGUUUAAGACGUUUAUACGGAGCUUCCGCUAGAUAAAGGGCUAUAAAUCACUCGGGUGUGGCGGACGUCGAGAACCAUAGUCGCCGCAAUUGGGGAUCCACCAUGUCUUCUGUACAUUUUUUCCUCCAGCCAUUACCGGGAACGGAUGAGCAGAUGAAUGACAGGCUACGCGAGCUGGCCGAGCGCAUCAACCGGUACGGCCAGCGGUCGCCGGCGCCGCUGGGCCAGCUGCGCGUGGCCGUGCGCCAGGCGGCCGUCGGGCCGGGCCACGUGGCGCUGCUGCUGGAGGACGGCCGCGUCUGCCGGCUCGCCUUCUCCGUCAUCACGGAACGGCUCGACCUCAGCAAACAGGACGCCGGCUUCAAGGCGCUCUUCAAGGUGUCGUCGGCGCCAUCCGGCGGCGGUGCGGGAGCGGCGGCAGCCGGAGGGGCCGGCGGCGGUGGUGCGGGCGGCGGCGGCGGCGGAGGUGGGGGCGGCGGUGGCGGCGGCGGAGGCGGCGGCGGCAAGCAGACCCAGCGCGCCCGCGGCCGUAUCCUGCGCACCAGCUCCUCCAGCGGCGCCCGAGGUCGCGGCACGGGCGUCAUCAGUGUGGCCGGCGCGCGGCCCGUGGUACCCGCCUCCUACGUGCCCGAGGACCUGGUGGCGCAGGCGCAGAUGGUGCUGCAGGGCAAGUCGCGCAACCUCAUCAUCCGCGAGCUGCAGAGGACCAAUUUGGACGUCAAUUUGGCGGUCAACAACCUGCUCUCCCGCGACGACGACGAGGGCGAUGACGGCGAGGAGGGUCAGGACUCGUACGUGCCCGACGACCUGAUGUCGCUGCUGGACGCCGGCAUCAACGCCGACCACCCGUCCGUCAUCAUCGACGCCGACACCAUGUUCAGCGAGGACAUGUUCGGCUACAGCACGAGCGUGCGCCGGGCGGGCGCCUCGCGCGGCGCGGCGCGCGGCGACCGUGACGAGCGCGACACCGUGUUCCCGUACCGGGAGCGGCGCGCCGGCACCACCGCGCCGCCCAACCCGUCGCGCCGCUGGAUGAUCGAGAACGCGCUGCGCGACACGCUGAUGGAGAAGGACCCGGACGGCAAGAAGAAGGAGGCGAGCCAGCCGAGCCCGCUGUGGCUGUCGGACGAGCUGGAGUUUCUGCCGGCGUCUGUCAAGUUCGCGCACAUCGCCGCACUGCACUCGGAGCUGGCCGCCGUCAGCGCGACCGGCCAGCUCUACCAGUGGAAGUGGAACGACAUGGAGGCGUACCGGCACCCAGAGAACCCGGACAUCCGCCACCCGAAGGUGUCCUGCCUGGGCCUGCUGAGCGAGGUCAUCACGCACAUAUCGGCGUCGACGGUGCGCGCUUCGGUGGCCACCGAGUCGGGCCGCGUGGCCACCUGGGUCGACGAGACGAUCGCGACGGCGGCCACCAAGCUGGAGCACCCGGCGCACGCCUUCUCCGAGCUGGUGGUGGACCGCGUGCGCCAGCUGCAGACCUGCUCGCUCUACACCUGCGUCCAGCUCGAGUCGGGGACCAUGUACUGGUGGGGCGUGCUGCCGUUCGGUCAGCGGCGUCGGCUCUGGGAGAAGUACCGGCUCAAGUGUAAGCGGCAGCGGCCGUCCGCCACGGCCGGCGACGUCCAGGUCGGCGCCACCGUCUGCAUGCGCAACGCGCCGUUCUACCACGCCGGCGCCGUCGGCUACACCACACUGGGCGGCGGGCCGCGCGUCGGCCAGCUGCUGCAGGCCGCCUGGAACCUGACGGACGUGUGCCGCUUCAAGAUCCUGCUGCCGCCCGCCGAGCCCAAGAAGCCGGCGCUGCGCGAGGGUCAGCUGAAGACCAAGGAGGCGGCCGACCGCAACGACAUGCCGCCGCCGCCCAGCCCGGCCAGCUCCACCUGCUCGGACGCCAGCGGCUCGGCUUCCACCGGACCCGUGCCCAAGCGGGCGCGGCGUUCGGCGCCCAAGAGCAGCGCCGAGCGCAAGGACGAGGAGGAGUGGUGCUUGGCCGAUGUCAUCUUCAUCGAGGAGAGCAAAAACAUCCCUUACGGCAAGGUGCUGAAGAUCGACGGCCCGUACGCCGUGGUGUACUUCUGCCAGGGCCGCGAGGCGCCGGCCACCGACGACCCGCUGGUCAUGCUGAACGAGUCGCGACUCUGCAGGAAGGACGAGCUCAUGGUCAUCAAGCCCGGCUCGCCGCCGCGCGUGCCAGAGUGCUUCCAGAAGCUGCCGAAAAAGAUCGCGCUGCCCAGCUCGCUCCAGGUGCUGACGUACGCCGUCGACGGCAAAGGUCUGCACUGUAUCGUGGCGAGCGGCGGCAGGCUCAGCUACAACGUCUACAGCCUGGUCAGCAGCAAGCCGGACUCGGAGUGCGUGCUGCCGACCGAGGCGGACAUCUUCUGCGGUCGCCAGCCGGCCGCCAUCUCGCUCCGCACCACCGGCGAGGCGGACCAGGUGACGCUGCUGCUGGACGGCAACUCGACCGUGUACCCGCUGAACAAGACAUGCACCGAGAACUCGAUUCGCGACCCGCUGACCUUCGACCUGAUGCCGCUCAGAUGCCUGGCGCUUGGCAGCCACCACCUGCCGUUCGUGGCGCCGCACCAGAAGACGACCGUGGCGCUGGCCGUGCUCGUGGUGGACGCGCAGAUCCUGAUGCCGAAGAUCCUCCGCUGCGACCUGGACGCCGUCACCCAGCUGCUUCACACGCUCACGCAGGACAUCAAGUCACCCGUCACGCAGGCCACCAUCCAGCAGCUGAUCUCGGAGCGCUGCGACGGCAACCGCAACAUCAUCCACGCCUGCGUCUCCAUGUGCUUCCCCACCACCAACAAGGAGGGCGCGCAGGACGGCUCGUCCGGCAGCGGCGGCGGCGGCGGUGGUGGCGGAGGCGGCGGCGCAGGCGUCGGCGGAGGCGUUGGCGCCGGCGCGGCCGCCGCCAGCUCCAGCGUCAUGAGCUACGAGCCGACGUUCGAGUCGUACUCGGCCAGCCGCAGCCAGACCAUUCGCGACUUCAUCCGCCGCUCGUCCAACAUCGUCAGGAGCAUCAGCGCCGUGUCGGGCCAGGGCGGCCUGCUGGUGGCGACCGGUGGCGCCGAGCAGCACGACCCGGCCGGACUCGAGCGCGAGGAGGUCUACAGCGACGAGUUCCCGCAGCUGGGGCGCGCCGUCACGGCCGCUGACAUGCCCUGGCCGCCGGAGCCCAUCGACCCGCACAGCGGCGAUGACGAGCCGGCCGGCGGCGGCGGCGGCGGCGGUGGCGGCGGCGGCAGCGGCGGGGGCGGCGGCGCCGGCGCCUCCACCUCCAGGCAGAUCGGCCCCAGCAUGCCGACCAUCCUGACGGACCCGGGCGAGCGCAAGGCGAGCGCGCACAAGGCGCUGUGGCGCCUGUGCGAGAGCGCGGUGCUGGCGCCCUACCUGCGUCAGCUGCUGUGCGGCCGCGACGUGCAGGGCUACACGCCGUUCAUGCAGGCGGUGUGCGGCCGCGCCUACCGCGCCGCCAUCCAGCUGCUCGACACCGCCCAGCGCAUCGCCAAGGAGCACUCGAGCGACGCUGAGGGUUACCAGCACGUACUGCAGUCGAUGAUAUACCCGGCCGGUAGCUCCGCCGACGACAACCCUCUGUACGUGCUCUGCUGCAACGACACAUGCAGCUUCACCUGGACGGGCGCCGAGCACGUGCACCAGGAUAUCUUCGAGUGCCGCACCUGUGGUCUGGUGGGCUCGCUCUGCUGCUGCACCGAGUGCGCCCGCAUCUGCCACAAAGGGCACGACUACAGGGUUAAGAACACGUCACCGUCGGCGUACUGCGACUGCUGGGAGAAGUGCAAGUGCAAGACGCUGAUCAGCGGAGACCAGGGGCCGCGCUGUGAGCUGCUCUGUCGCCUGGUGGACGAGACCGACCUGUCCAGCCACACCAACGCCCGAGGGGAGAACAUCCUGCUGUUCCUGGUGCAGACGGUGGGCCGCCAGACCCAGGAGCAGAAGGUGUACCGGCCGCGGCCGCGCGCCGCCUCCUCCGUCCGCAAAACGGCCGAGCUCGACCUGGAGAGGCCCGACCACGACCUGGAGCCGCCGCGGUUCGCCCGGCGCGCGCUCGGCACCCUGCUCAAGGACUGGCCGGCCGCCAGCGCCAUGAUCAACACAGGUAGCAGCAGCGCAGCCAGCACGGCGGCCGCCGGUCAGCUGGGGCAGACGGGCACCACGCUGCUCGACAAGUUCGUCCACUGCCUGCUCGUGAAGUGCUCCGUGGAGAUGCUGAACGUGCUGCUGACGACGCUGAUCCGCGAGAUGCGCAGCCAGCCGGAGGUGGCGACGGCCGUGGCGCGUCGCUUCGUCCGCUCCGUCGCCAGGAUCUUCGUCAUCCUCAGCGUGGAGACGCCCCCCAGCGGCGUCAAGAAGAAGAGCUCUGGCACCAGUACGAUCCAGCGAUGUCGGCUGGUGUUCCACAGUCUGCUGACGCCGGCUGUCGAGGAGCUCUGCCAGACGGCCAUCAGUUUGAUCGCGCCUGUGCGCAUGGGCGUGGCGCGGCCGACGGCGCCCUUCCAGCUGGCGCAGAGCGGGCAGGAGGCGCUGCACGGCUCCGAGGAGCUGUUCGCCGUAGACCCGAUCGUGGCCAGCGCGCCGCUCUCGCGCGAGGAGCAGGAGGAGCAUGACGGCGGCGGCUCGGAGCUGGAGGAGGCGGCCGACCGGGCGGACCGCGAGGAAGGCGGCGGCGAGUCGGACAUGGAGCUGGACCUGCUGGCCGAGACCGAGUCGGACUCGGACGACAACCAGUCGGCGCAGGACAACGUGUCGGGCGGCCAGCAGAGCGUGCAGACGCGCGCCACUGCUGGCUCGGACGCCGCCCUGGCCAGCAUCGGCCUCUUCAGCGACGACCGCAGCGGCUCACCCUCCGAGGCUGAGGACGAGGAGGAGGACUCGGAGCAGGGCGAGACGGACGACCAGGAGACGGAGCUGUUCAGCGAGGACCAGCUGGAGCGGCGCGCGGCGGCCGGCGCGGGCGCCGCCGGCGCCGGAACCGCCAGCACGCGCGCCAACCUGACGCCGCAGAGCAUGCAGUGGGCCAUCCGGUCGCGCUCGCAGGAGGCGAGUUCGCGCGUGACGGGCGGCGGCAGCAGCCUGGUGUACAUCGACCCGAGCGCCAGCCGCCGCUUCACCACCAGCGCCGUGCCGUCGUCGGUGCAGACGAGCGUGCCCGAGCCGGUCACCAUGGCGACGACGGCCUCGUGCCUGGCGCGCGCCUUCGCGCUGGUCGUGCGCCAGAUAGCCGACCUGUUGAGCACGGCGCGCGAGCGCGGCCAGCCGGACGGCCUGCUGCCGCUGGGCGCGCUGAGCGCGCUGGGCGCCGACCUGCUGGCCGCCGACUGGCCGCGGCUGCAGCUCUACCUGGACCAGCACCUCCAGCCCACCUGGAGCUGGCUGCUGGCUGUCAUGGACUCGACGGAGGCGCAGCUGCGUUUCGGCCAGUCGCUGUCUCGCGCCGACCCGACGGCGCCGGCCGCGCCGGCCGCCGGCGGGCCGGGCCCGGCGCGGAAGGAGCGCGGCCGCGCCGGCGUCACGUUCGCCGACCACCAGACGGCGCGCCGCGACUUCCUCACCUACUGCCUGUCGCUGAUGCGCUCGCACAACGGCGAGCACGCCGAGGCGCUGCCCGUCAUCGACAUCGCCGCCCUGCGCCACGUGGCGUAUGUAUUCGACGCGCUGAUCUACUACAUGCGCUCGGGCUCGGAGGCCAAGGUGGGGCCCGAGUCGGCGGCCGACCGACUGCUCGACCUGGAGCCGGCCGACGAGACCGAGAACGACGACAACUCGGAGUCAGACGUGACCAAUAACAACCCGGCGCCGAUGGAGACGGACUCGGUGACGGACGACGACUCGCAGCUGUCGGCGGCUUCGGCGCCGGACAGCCGCGUGCGCCGCCACCCCUUCUUCCAGCGCUCGGACUCGACGCUGUUCGUGGGCGCGCCGCAGCCGGACCCGUUCGCCGGCUCACUGUCCGAGGUGCUGCCGCUGGCCGAGCGGCCGCACCUGCUGCAGCCGACGGCGCGCCGCGAGGACCUGUUCGGCAUCCCGCCGGCGGCGCCGAGUGCCGGCCCGCCCGGCCGCGCCCACCCGCUGCAGGGCGUGCCCACGCACCUGGGGCUGGCCUCGCCGUCAGGCGAGCUGGCCGCUGGCGGCGCCAGCUUCAGGCCAAGCGCCGGCGCCGGCGGCGCGCGCACCGCCUUCUCGCCGCGCGCGCGCGCCGAGCCAGAGCUGCUCAACGAGGGCCUGGGCCACGUGGACCGGCUGCUGGAGGCGGGCCCGGCGGCGCUGCAGCCGCCGGCCGACGGCGACCAGCCGCAGAACCUGUCGACGCGGCCGGCCGAGGAGGGCGCGCCUCCGCAGCGGGCGCCCAUCAUCGUAUCGCCCAAGAAACCGGCCGACGGCGAGCGGCAACCGGUCAAGAGCGUCAUCGUGCGCGUCGGCGCCAUGAUGGUGCACAUCGACAAGGAGAGCGGCGCGGCGGCGGACGGCGCGCGGCCCGGCCCGUCCGGCCAGGCGGCGCCGGCGGAGACGGGCGGGUCCGGCGCGCCGGCCGCCGACGCCGGCGUCUCGCAGGACAUGCUGCUCGGCCGCUGGCAUCUGCUGCUCGAUCUGUUCGCGCGCGUGUUUAUCGAUGACGUGGGCCUCGAGCAGGGCUCGGUCAUCUCGGAGCUGGGUGGCUUCCCCGUUAAGGAAUCCAAGUUCCGGCGCGAGAUGGAGAAGUUGCGCACCUCGCAGCAGCGCGACAUCGUCUUCAACAAGAUGGAGCGCGAGCGCGCCCAGCUCAUCACGCAGACGUUCAAGGAGCUGAACACGCAGUACAGCAACAACAGCCGGCGCAGCACGGUCUCGCACCCGCCGCUGGCCUUCAGCCGCGUCAAGGUCACCUUCAAGGACGAGCCGGGCGAGGGGACGGGCGUGGCGCGCAGCUUCUACACGGCCAUCGCCGAGGCGCUGCUGCAGCCCAAGCCGCUGCCGAACCUGGAGAGCUGCCAGAUCGUGCAGCUCGGCAAGACGUACGCCUUCUCGUCGUACCACCACAAGUACAAGAGCAGCCGCGAGUCAUCGCAGCAGCGACUGGCGCGCGGCCGCGAGGGCCGGCGCACGCUCUCGUGCGACGCGCGUCCCUUCACGCCCGGCCAGCUGAGCGACGCGCGCUCCAACGAUCACCUGUCGCCGCACCUGCAGCAGCUGGGCGCGCGUCUGUACCCGCGCGUGCGCGCGCUGCGCCCGCACCAGGCGCAGAAGGUGACCGGCAUGCUGCUGGACCUGUCGCCGGCGCAGCUGCUGCUGCUGCUGGCGUCGGAGGAGACGCUGCGCCAGCGCGUCGAGGAGGCGGUCGACAUCCUGCACAGCCACAGCCGCGAGGCGGCCGCGUCCGAGUCGCUGCUCGGCGACAAGGCGCGCCCGAAGGCGGCGGCGCGCCAGGCGAGCGAGGAGGAGGCGACCGAGGAGCGCGACGCCUCGCCGCUGUUCUACUGCCCGGGCAAGCGCGGCUUUUACGCGCCCUGGCUCGGCCGCGCCACGCCCGAGCGCAUCAACGCCUUCCGCAACGUGGGCCGCAUCAUGGGCUUGUGCCUGCUGCAGAACGAGCUGAGUCCGAUCUCGAUGUGCCGUCAUGUGUACAAAUACCUGCUGGGCCGGCCGGUGCGCUUCCACGACCUGGCCUUCUUCGACCCGGCCAUCUACGAGUCGCUCCGGCAGCUGGUGGUCGACGCCGAGACCAAGGGCGACAAGGAUGGACUCUUCUCGGCACUUGAUCUCACGUUCAGCAUUGACCUGUGUCCGGAGGAGGGCGGCUGCACGGUGGACCUGGUGCACCGCGGCGCCGAGAUCGAGGUCACCUCGCAGAACGUCUACGACUACGUGCGCCGCUACGCCUUGCAGCGUAUGGUCAAGUGCCAGCAGAAGGCGCUGGAGGCGCUGCGCUCGGGCCUGCUGGAUGUGCUGCCGCAGUCGGUGCUGGACCCGCUGACGGCCGAGGACCUCCGCCUGCUUGUCAACGGCGUCGAGGACAUCUCGGUGCCGACGCUCAUCUCCUACACCAGCUUCAACGACGAGAGCGGCGAGGCCGGCGAGCGGCUGGUGCGCUUCAAGCGCUGGCUGUGGCAGAUUGUCGAGAAGAUGACCAAGCCCGAGAAGCAGGACCUGGUGUACUUCUGGACGGGCUCGCCGGCGCUGCCUGCCAGCGAGGACGGCUUCCAGCCCAUGCCGUCUGUGACGAUCCGACCGGCCGACGACCACCACCUGCCGACGGCCAACACCUGCAUCUCGCGCCUCUAUGUGCCGCUCUACUCCAGCAAGCUGAUCCUGCGCUCCAAGCUGCUGCUCGCCAUCAAGACCAAGAACUUUGGCUUCGUGUGAGCGCGCGCCAUGCGGCGGCCGCGCGUCGGCCGCCGCCGCGCGCCGUCAUUCCGACGUGCUCCGCUCUGUGUUGUCUCGUGCGCGUUGGUGUGUGUUCUGUGACCUCUGUGCGCGGCCGGCGUGACCGGCGCCGCCGUCGGCGCGCGGCGCGCCCGCCGCCCCGCCGUGCCCUCUGCGGUGGAUGUUACUCGCGGUCGCGGUGUCACUCGUGUCUCAGGCCCUAAGAGCCUCGCCCCGGGCGAGCGAAAUCGACGGCGGCAAACAAUAGGACACUUUUCCGGUUAUUAUUUGUUUCACAACCUUCAUAUUAAAAACGGGAGCUGGACAGGCUACGUGAACGGGUUCUACGGCGGAGCGACGUGGAGGGCGCGAGGCCCGGUCGCGGGGCGCCGAAGGGACCACGGCAGGCGACGGGGACGGGGUCCGACACGACACGUCGGCCCGCUGACUAGCACUGGUCUUACGACUAAGGCACGUAGUCUGUACACGGGCGGGGCGCGCCCCGCCGACACACUUGAUUCGCUGAUCCAGAGGUACUCUGUUCGCCGGUGAGGCGCGCCUAGCACGGGCGUUUGUAGCGAGUCCCCAGGACCUGACGCGGCACACUGACGCUCGCGGCGGCCGCGCCCGCCUGGCGGC